CCACGAGAUUCCAAGAUUACUAAUUUUGCACAGAAAGUUCAUCCUCAUCCUCAAUGUAUUCAAAAACAAUAUGAAGAAGCACUUCUCAGAUGGAUGUUAUGUUUAAACCAGCCUCUUUCCACUGUUACUGAUAAAGCAUAUAAAGAAAAAAUGGCCGUAUUUGAUCCUUCUUUUAUUAUUCUGGAAGAAAAAAAAAUUAGAACUAUGAUCAUGAAGAGUUACAAUUAUAACCAGGAGGAUUUACGAAACCUUAUUCAAAGUAUCAAAAAUGGUUUACUUAUGACAGACUUCUGGUCCAGCAAGGCUAAGCAUGGAUAUUUGAGAAUUACAGCGACUUGGAUUACGCCAAAUUUUGAAAUUAAAGAUGUAAUACUAGAAAAUAAAUAUAUUCCCUCACCACAUACAAGUAGAGUUAUUGCUAAAGAACUUCACAAGUGUAUUGUAUCUUGGAACCUUGUGGGUCGUAUAAUAUCAAUCACUACUGACAAUGGACGUAAUAUGUUGGCAAUUAGAAAAGGAUUAGCGCUAACAGAGAUUCUAGUAGCAUGCUCAAGAAGACUAAUCCAGUUUUUCCAAUAUCAAAAGCAGGUUGAACGAUUAGAAGAAGUACAAAAAAAACUUGGUUAUACAGAUGUUUUGCGUUGUAUUCAAGAUAUAUCUACGUAUUGGAAUUCUCUGUAUUAUGCUUGGGAUCAUUUUUUUUCCCUAAAGGAUGCAAUUAUUCAACUUCAAACUGAUUUAUUUAUUUCACUUGAUCGAGAAAUAAAAAAAGAUGGUAAUAAAUUAAAAAGGAUACUUCUCUCUGAUGAUGAAUGGGAGCUAUUAGAUCAACUUAUCGAUUUGCUAAUACUAUUUGAAGAGGCAACAUGA